GGCAAAUCCGUCGGCGCCUACACGGCGCCAUCGACCAUUGAUCCGGAGACGAGAACGCGGAGUUCGAGCCGUACGGCACGGCGUAUUAUCGCCCCAUCCAAGGAAAGAGGGGCAAUCUGACGAUGACAACGACGACGACCACGGAAAAAAUGAUAGCGGUACUGGAGGCGGCACGACAAAAAAAACCAAGAGCCAUCGGCGUACAACCGACCCUAAACGGCUCACCCGUCACCAUGUACGCGCGCCGCGAAAUCGUCCUCUCCGCCGGCGUCUUCGCCUCCCCCAAGCUCCUCGAGCUGUCGGGGAUCGGGGACCCGGCCAUCCUGUCUCGCCACGGGAUCCCCGUGCGCGUGGCGAAUCCCUACGUGGGCACCAACCUGCAGGACCAUAUCCUGUGCAGCGUUUCCUUCGAGGCGGCGGACGGGGGAAGUACAGGGAGGAGAAGGCGGGACCGCUGGCAACGAGCGGGUGUACGUCGUUUGGGGUAUCUGCCCACGCUCGAUUUUGCUGAGAAUCCCGGGGAACUGGGCAGGGCGCUGGAGAUGCUGGACAAUGACGCGACUACGGUGCCGAAACACCCGCUCGAUUCCGCCCGCCGCUCCAUUCUUAGGAAUUUCCUCGAGAAGGCCGAAGAAGGAACGGGCCAAUACCUCGUCCUCCCCGCCCAAUCCCGCGCCCCCGGGAGAGAUACGACGGUCAAUACCAUAGGCGCGGACCCGCAACCGGGGAAUUUCGUCUCCAUCGUAACGGCCUUGUCGCACCCGCUGUCGACGGGGGAAUCGCACAUCUCUUCCGCGGAUCCCUCGGCGCAUCCCACAAUCAACCACAACUAUCUCCUCCAUCCGCUGGACCUGGAGCUGCAUGCCCGGCACGCCCUCACGCUCGAGCGAAUCGCCGCCACGGAGCCGUUCGCCUCGUCGGUCCUGAAACCGAACGGGCGCAGACACCAUCCGUCGGCCUUCCUGGAUGGAGGUCUCGCUAAGGCGAAAGAGUACGUCAAGGCGGCUUCGACGACGAAUUGGCACUCGGUGGGCACGUGUAGUAUGGCGCCUCGAGAGAAGGGAGGAGUCGUCGAUGCGGACCUGCGGGUGUAUGGAGUCGAGGGGUUGAGGGUCGUGGACGCGAGGGUGGUGCCGUUUGUGCCGCAGAGUAAUACGCAGAGUCUGGUUUAUGCGGUGGCGGAGAGGGCGGCGGAGAUUAUCUUGGGCGAGGUGUGAGGUGAAAGUGUUGAUGGAUGGUUUUGUCCGAAUCUUGACUGGUUCGUCAAUUGGCCCACCAAUAGGCGCAUCUCAACAUGCCGCCCAUAGGAAGCCUUUAGCGUGAGCGUCUCUCCUUAUCCUAAUGCUCUGCGCUUCCCAAUCCAAUGGUUUUCAACCUCCAUGAUGCUUAUUCAUUCCUGAUGAUGUCGAGCGUCGUCCCUCCUUCUUCAAGUCGGGCACGGCGCAUGGUAGAAAAGCAAGGAGCAGGUGCCCUGCAUUCAUUAUGUCAGUAUCUACUCACCCGUCUACCUCGGUCGACGGCAGCGAACCCUAUAGCACAAGGCCGAAAAAGAGUGAUGUGUGCUGUGUGCAGAGUGCAGAGGGAGACAGGCGGGACAUGCCACGGUGGCUGAGACGCGGAGCCUGG